ACGAGACGGCCACGGGCGUCACCAACGACCUGGCCGCCGUGCGCGCGCUGCUGGACAAGCACGCGCACCCGGCGCUGCUGCUGGUGGACGGCGUGUCGUCCAUCUGCGCGCUGGACUUCCGCAUGGAUGAGUGGGGCGUGGACGUGGCGCUCACGGGCUCGCAGAAGGCGCUGUCGAUGCCGACGGGGAUGGGCAUCGUGUGCGCCAGCCCCAGGGCGCUGGAGGCCAGCAAGACGGCCAGGUCCGUGCGCGUCUUCUUCGACUGGAAGGACUACCUCAGGUUCUACGACAUGGGCACGUACUGGCCCUACACGCCCUCCAUCCAGCUCCUCUACGGCCUCCGCACCGCGCUCGACCUCAUCUUCGAGGAAGGGCUGGACAACGUCGUGAGGAGGCACAACCGCCUUGGGACAGCCACCAGGCUCGCCGUCGAGGCGUGGGGGCUCAGCAACUGCUGCCAGAAGGAGGAGUGGUUCAGCGACACCGUCACCGCCGUCGUCGUGCCGCCCAACAUCGACAGCGCCGAGGUCGUCAGGCACGCGUGGAAGCGGUACAACCUCAGCCUCGGCCUCGGCCUCAACAAGGUCGCCGGGAAGGUCUUCAGGAUCGGCCAUCUCGGCAACCUCAACGAGCUGCAACUUCUGGGAUGUCUGAGCGGUGUGGAGAUGGUGCUCAAGGAUGUGGGGUACCCAGUGAAGCUAGGUAGCGGCGUGGCGGCCGCGGCGGCGUACCUGUCAAACUCCACGCCGCUCAUUCCAUCUAGGAUCUGAGAACAAUGUAAGGGAAGGAUAUCGCAAACAAGGCCAGCUACAACGAGUGGGCAGACGAACGAACAAAGCGUGCAGACAUCUCCGCCUCUGCUGUCUCGUAGAGCGGCUUAUUGCCUGCAGUAACGAACUAUCUCAGAAUGUAAAGUUAAAUUUCACACCCAGUUGUUGCUACAUAGUAGUAGUAUAGUUUUAUGAAUUACAGGUUUGAUUAAACUUCAAAUUAAUCUACAUGUAUAGCCCUGCCCAGAUUUAACUAUAAUGGGAUCGUAGUACCGAUCAA